AGAAGUUCCUUGGAUACCACAAAACUCUGCUUCUACUUCAGCUUCAACUAAUGAAAUAAGUAAUGAACCAAAUAAUGAAACUAAUAAUAGAGCUAGCAAUAAAUAUUUUCAGACCAUAGGUCGAAAAAAAAGACAAGCAACCAACAAAAAGAAGCCAUCAAAUACUGUUACAUCUGCCUUAACAAACCAAAGGUCUAAUGCUAGUUAUAUACAAUUUUUUUUUAAAGACAAUAAGACAGAUAUUCAAAUUAAAUACUAUAAAGUUUGUAUCAAAGAAUGUGAAGGAAGCC